AUGUCUCUCCCCCGCAUCACAGCCAUAGGUUCCCUAAACAUGGAUCUGGUAUCCUACGUGCCUCACCACCCCGCUCCCGGAGAAACCCUGACGUCCAAUGGCUUCACCACCUCCCCGGGAGGCAAGGGUGCCAAUCAGGCCGUGGCGUGCGCCAAGCUCUCCCGCUCUUCGGACCUGUCCCGCCCGACGGCGCACGUGAGCAUGGUCGGCGCCGUGGGCGCUAGCGACCCGUACGGCCCGGCCCUUCGCAACAGCCUGGCCUCGUUCGGUGUCGACGUCGACGGCGUCGCCUCCCGCCCCGACUGUGGGACGGGCGUGGCCGUCAUCAUCGUCGACGAGCCCACCGGCGAGAACCGCAUCAUGAUCUCCCCAGAGGCGAACGGGUCUUGGAAGCCCGCCGACUUCGACACCCUGCCCGGCGGCGACGGCGACGGCGACACCCUUCCGGACCUUCUCAUCAUGCAGCUAGAGAUCCCCCUCGACGCCGUCGUUCAGGCCUUAGCUACCGCAAAGAAGGCAGGCGUUCCUACCCUGCUCAACCCCGCCCCCGCGCAGGUCCUCCCCGAAGACGCCUACAAGGGCCUGGCCCACCUCGUCGUCAACGAGACCGAGGCCUCCAUGCUGUCCGGGAAGCCAGAGUCAGAACUCGACGAUGAGGCUGGGCUCAAGCGCACCGCCGACCUCUUCCUCGCCCGCGGCGUGCAGAAUGUCAUCAUCACCCUCGGUGGGAGGGGCGUCUACUACGCUUCCGGCGUCGGCGCCAAGUACGGUCUCGUUGCCGCCCAGAAGACCGCCGUAGUCGACACCACCGCCGCAGGGGAUACGUUUGUCGGAUCCUACGCCUUGUCUGUCGUCCACGCGUCGUUCAACAAGACCGAGUUUGACAUUGACGCUGCCGUCAGGGCUGCCAACGCUGCUUCCGCCAAGACCGUCGCCCGGAAGGGUGCCCAGGUCUCGAUUCCCUGGAAGGAUGAGCUUCAAUAG